CCUACCUGUUCAUUUCCUCCAUUUGUUCCUCUCACUCUGUCUUAACACAGAUACACACAAACACUCUCUCUCUAUACAUACAUACAUACAUAUAUACAUGCACAUACGCUCUCUCUUUCUAUAAUAUACACACACGCACACACGCACUGUUCCUCUCUGCAGAAGUUGCCAUUGACGUUUUGAUCCGAGUUAAGAUUGCUCUGGACAAAUUCGUGUACGAUAAUCCGUCGAUUAGGUUUCCGCUGCUGCGGGAUUUCCAUUAAUUUCAGUAGCAAGGGCUGGAUAUAUAAAUCAUUCGUAUUAGGAUAAAAUCAUUUCUGGAUAAGUAGAUAGGACGAUUUUGAAGGGGAAGGUAUUCUGAGAAAGAGGGUUUAGGGCUUUCUGAUAUACGAGUAUAGUAGUUGGGGGUGUUAGUUUUGUUUGACUAAAUAUGUUGGGACCAGGAGUGCAGUUCAAUAGGAGUAAUAAUGGCGACGAUCGGUUUUACAGCACUGCGAGGGUUCGCCGGAGUCAAGAUUUUUCGCGGAGGGCUCAGAAUGAUGUCACUUCGAGGCGGAACCGGCGUGAUGAGCCGCCAAAGGAGAAGUCUAAGCCGGCUACUCCGGCUUCGGCUCCUGUGUUAGAAUCUUCUCCUUUGUGUAAUCUGGAGAGGUUUUUGGAAUCUGUCACGCCAUCGGUCCCUGCACAGUACUUAUCCAAGAUGACAGUGAGGGAUUGGAGAACAUGCAAUGUCGAGUUUCAGCCAUUCUUUGUGCUUAGUGAUUUAUGGGCAUCAUUCAAGGAAUGGAGUGUCUAUGGUGCCGGAGUGCCUUUGAUGUUGAAUGACAGGGACAGAGUAGUUCAGUAUUAUGUGCCCUAUUUGUCAGGCAUUCAAUUGUAUGCUGAUCUCUCAAAGAGUACAUCAAAACUAAGGCGACUUGGUGAAGAAAGUGAUGGUGAAUACUUUAGGGAUUCUAGUAGUGAUGGCAGCAGUGACAGUGAACAAGAUAGAGGUGGCUUGUGUUAUUCAAGGGAGCCACUUAACUAUCUUCAAACAGGUGAUGGUUCUCUUCGAGUGGAUCAGUUGUUCAGAGAGCAGCAUAUGGCAUUCCAAGAAGGCUUUUCUAGUGAUGAAGGUGAAUCUGGAAGUUCACAAGGUUGCUUGUUGUUUGAGUAUUUUGCACGAGACCAACCAUAUUGCAGGGAACCUUUGGCAGACAAGAUAUCUGAUCUUGCUCAUCACUUCCCAGAAUUAAAAACACUUAGAAGUUGUGAUCUACUUCCAUCCAGUUGGAUUUCUGUGGCCUGGUACCCCAUUUACAGAAUACCAACAGGUCCAACUCUUAAAGAUACAGAUGCUUGCUUUUUAACCUUUCAUUCCCUUCAUACUUCCAUGACAGGAAGUCAAGCCAUGCAUCCUCCAAUUGUGACAUAUCCAUCAGAGAGUGACGGUGUUCCACAGAUUUCACUGCCAGUAUUUGGCCUUGCUUCAUAUAAAUAUAAAGUAUCACUGUGGACUCCAGAUGCAGGUCGUCAGCGCCAGUUGGCAAACUCUCUCUUGCAGGCUGCUGAUAAUUGGCUAAGCUUACUCCAAGUCACCCACCCGGAUUUCGCUUUCUUCUGCCGCAAGUAAAUCUAGAGAUUGCUUCACUGUCGUCUUAGUCCUGUUACAAGGACCCCAUGCGCCAUUUUAAGCUUGAUGAGGAGGGUGCACCAAACUGAGGAAGGUUGACCAAGUGAGCAAGUUUGUCACAUGUUACAGCGCUGUUAUUUGAGUUAAAAGGCAAAACAAAAAAUUGAGGUGGGGUGGGGUGGGGAAGUCUUGCAGAAUACUUUACGGCGGCCUAAGAUCAAGAUUGAGGAAUGAGAUGAGAAAAAGAAAUUUUGUUGAGUGAUUAGAGCUGGGCUGAACCGGAGCAUGCAGCACCGUGGCUGGUUGAAAACUUCUUACCUUUUAACUCUUACCUCUGUUUUGUUAUGUUGUUUCAUAAAACAGGCUGGUUUUUUCUGCCCUGGUGAUUAGUUGUAGGCGCUGUGAGUUAUUUAUGCAUUUUGAAAGGGAUUUGAUAGAGGAUCGUAGCUGGGCGUUCAGUCAAGUUGCCUCAUGUUAUGUAUACUAACUGUCUUGGUAGACAAUUACCGAAAAGGAAAAAUUCUAUUAGUAGAGUAAUGAGUAAUGAUUGAAGUAUAAUUGCUCAGAAAUGCAUGGUGCCUUCAUAUUUA